AUGAUAGAUUUGUCAGCACUUGAUAUCGUGAAAUCCCUGCCACAAACAAUUGAUUUACAACUAAGUAAUACAGUUAAAGAAAUCGAAAUUGGAGAUAAUUUUGUGAAGUUCAUAGAUCAACAAAAUCAAGUUAAAACUAUAGAUACAAUACCAGAAAUGAUAAUAUCUUUCACAUUUGAAGACAUGAUUGAAGAUUACAAUCCGAUUUUCAGAUGUUCAGCGAAAGAUGAAACUAAAAUUGCGCAGAUUUUCGUUGACAGAAUACAGAAAUAUCAAAUCAAAGGAAAAUGGCCAACAACAAAAGCACCAAUAUUGAAACAUAACCAAAUAUAUGAUCAAGUACAUCAUCAUAUUCAUGUUCAAACUGAUGGAGAUUUUCCAAUAGGUAUUCCUCUUUCAUACGAGUAUAAGAAUGUUUUCUUUGAAUCACAAAAUGAUAUCAGAUUCAGCUAUUCAUUAGAGUCUUCAAGCGACACUUUCUAUCCUUUCUUUUAUUCCGAGAAGAAUAUUGUUAUUCCUUCAUUUAAAUCUAUGAAUUGUCCUGGACUUGGUUUCUAUUCUAAAUCUGCGAAAUUAACAAUUGAAGAUUUCGAACCAAGAGGAAAUGAAAUCGAAUUAGUUGCAGUUAACAUUAAUAAUAUUUCACUGAACAAUUCAACGGUUAAGGGUGCACCCGUAUGUACGUUUAUUUGA